AUGCGAACCCAGAAUCGAUAUGCUCAAUUCUUUCGCCGUCAUUUUGAGCUUUUUGCGAGCAUGGACGGUGAUCAGCUGGCUUUCCAGCGAUUACGCAAUUGCGGAGCGAAUAAGAAGAAGCCUGCGGUAAACAGCCCCGACUACGACGAAGAUGAGGUCUGUGGGGAAUUCCGGGCCGCUCGCAAGAUUGUGUAUCGGUGCCAACGGUUUUUGGCCCCAGUAGUCGUCGAAAACUCGUAUCCCUCUAAAAUCACGUUGGUGACACAGUUUAGCAUGGAGCGAUUUCAAUUUUUCGAAAAGUUGGCGGAGAGUUGGGAGGGCCCGAUAUCGGCGGCUGUUUAUGGUAGUGAUGCGGAAGUUUUUCAAUUAAUGGAAUUUUGGAAGAGUUCGAAGCUAGGGAAAACGAGGAAAAAUAUCGGUUUACACGGCGUGUUUAAAAAAGGGCCGUUCUACCCCGUCAAUUAUCUACGAAACGUGGCGAUUAACGCCACCCGCAGCGAGUUUAUCUUUCUGCUGGACGUCGACUUCUUGCCAUCUCGAGGCCUCGAGGGAGCGUUGCUGUCAUCAACCGCCGAAUUUGCUGCAAAUUCCGUUCUGGUUGUACCAGCAUUCGAGAUGACUCGAUCCGGCACUAGUGAGCUUCUCGAGAAGGAAGAAUUGCUGAAGGAAUGGGAUUUGGGCACGGUCCAGCCGUUUCGAUCUGACGUUUGGCCGCAGGGGCACGCGCCUACAAAUUACAGUAGAUGGAGGGAGAGUGGAGCGCAGUACGCGACAUCCUGGGCGCAAGACUACGAACCAUACUUCAUGAUCCGAAAAUCGGACUGUCCGCUUUACGACCGUCGCUUUGUCGGCUUCGGCUGGAACAAAGUAGCUCACGCGAUGCAGUUAAACCGACUGGGAUUCAAAUUUAACGUCCACCCCUCCGGCUUCAUCCUCCACCAGCCUCACGCCCCUUCCUUCGAAAUUCACAAAUACCGGAAACAGCCAAUCUAUCGAAAAUGUAUGCAAACGUUGAAGGGGGAAUUUGUGCGUGAUCUCAUUACGGGUGUAUUG